UCCCAGCACUGGACAGCUUUGAUACUUUACAAGAAUCCCCCUGUUUGAUUUGCAAAAAAUAAGCUGCAUGGUUCACCAAUUAGGGUAAGGGAGGAAUAUGAGAAGUUCAACGAGCGUUCAUAGUUGUAACUGUCAAUGUUGAGAGGACAGAUUUUUUAAAAAUAAGUAUGAACUUAAAGUGUCUCGGCGCGGUGUUACUUUUCCUAACUAGCAUAGAGGUCCAGAAGUCGGAGUCUGCGGCAUGUCAUGGCUGUGGUGCUGGAUCCAAGUGUGAUUGCAGUGGUGUGAAGGGAGAGAAGGGUGAGCGAGGAUUUCCAGGGUUAACCGGUCAGCCCGGCGUUCCAGGUUUCCCUGGACCAGAAGGGCCAAUUGGACCUCGUGGAGAGAAGGGUGAUGAUGGACCAUCAGGGCCAUCUGGACCUAAAGGAAUAAGAGGACCUGCAGGAUUGCCAGGAUUCCCAGGAACACCAGGAAUUCCGGGUAUCCCAGGACAGGACGGUGCACCGGGACCAAAGGGAAUUCCAGGCUGUAAUGGAACUAAAGGUGAAAGAGGAUUUCCAGGAGUUCAAGGUCUUCCAGGUUUCGAGGGUCCAAGAGGUCCACCUGGUUUAACAGGACAAAAGGGUGAACCCGGGGAGGUCAUAGAAGGCAUUAUCUCUUCAGUAAAUGGAGAACCUGGUUUUGAUGGUACCCCAGGCUCAAGGGGAGAUCCCGGACCCCCAGGUCCCUCAGGUCCUGUUGGUCCUCCUGGUCCCCGAGGUUAUGAGGGUCGUCCAGGUCCUCCUGGUCCACCAGGGCCAAAGGGAAAUAUGGGAUUGAACUUCCAAGGACCGAAAGGAGAGAAGGGUGAGCGUGGAUUGAAAGGACCUCCAGGGCCACCAGGGCAGGUUGGCGAAGUUUCAGGCCCAUCACCCACAGAAAUUCAACAAGGAGAAAAGGGUGAUCGUGGCCCACCUGGAGAUUCAGGCCGUCCUGGCCCACCCGGACCUCCUGGUCUACAAGGUGGCCAGAAAGGCGAGAAAGGAGAACCCGGUGAGCUUGGAAAGAGGGGAAAACCUGGAAAAGAUGGUGACACAGGCAACCCUGGAUAUCCGGGUGAUAAAGGAGAUCAGGGUAGUCCUGGUUUACCUGGGCGAGAUGGUUACAAUGGUGAGAAAGGUGAUCGAGGACUUCCUGGACCUCCAGGAUAUGGGGGCGGGCCAUUCGAUGGCGAAGGACCAAAAGGGGAACGUGGUGAUCCUGGAUCACCUGGUCCUAAAGGAGACAGAGGAUUUACAGGUACUCAAGGACCACCUGGUUCACCAGGAUUACCAGGAACAGGAGGUUCAGGACCACCUGGUCCACCAGGUUUACCUGGAGAGAGAGGAGAGAAGGGAGAUGAAGGUGAGCCUGGAGCCUCUCUUCCUGGAGCGCCUGGAAGGCCAGGGUUCCCAGGUCCCCAAGGACUCCAAGGACCUCCUGGUCCCCCAGGAAUAUAUAAUGGUGAUCUGCCAUGUCUGCCCGGUCCUCCUGGUCAACAAGGCCUGCAGGGAGAGCGUGGAUAUACUGGAGAAUCAGGACAAAAAGGUCAAAAAGGAGAGACGUGUGUGAAUUGUUUUACGAAUGGAAACCCUGUCCCCGGACCUCAAGGUGUUCCAGGUCCUCCUGGAAUUCCAGGUACACCAGGGUAUCAAGGUCCUAAAGGAGAUAGAGGAUUCCCAGGAGGGCCUGGGGCCACAGGCUUGCCUGGCUCAACAGGGCCUCAGGGUCCCCCUGGAUACCCGGGAGAGAAAGGUGACCCGGGUGAAGCCAUCCCUGGGCUUGGUGUGAGAGGAGAAAAAGGAGACACAGGCUUCCCUGGUUCUCCAGGUCUACCGGGUCUUGAAGGACGACCCGGUCGCGAUGGACCACCAGGUCCUCCUGGCCCCAAAGGACCACCUGGCUCUGCACUGGUAAAAGGUGCACAAGGUCCCCCAGGUGAUCCUGGCUUACCAGGUUCUGUAGGAGACAGGGGCUUGCCUGGUCCCCCGGGAUAUGGGUCUCCGGGAGGUCCUGGAGAGAAAGGUAUCCAGGGUGUUUCAGGAAGGGCAGGUGCACCUGGAGCACCAGGUCAGAAAGGUGAACCUGGGAUGGCUGUGCCAGAGAAAGGUGACCCAGGACCCCCAGGAAUACCAGGAGAUCCUGGUUUGCCAGGAAGUCCAGGUAACCCUGGUUUAAAUGGACAACCUGGAUUCCCUGGCCUCCCUGGACCCAAAGGAGAGUCUGGUUUUCCUGGUGUUGGCCUGCAAGGACCUCCUGGUCCUAAAGGAUUUCCUGGUAUUGCUGGUUCCCCUGGUGGGCCUGGUGUUCCUGGGCGACCAGGUUUGGAUGGACUUCCCGGACAACCUGGAUCACCUGGAUCUAAAGGAGAGCCUGGUUUUGGUCUACCAGGCCCCCCAGGUCCCACAGGAUAUCCAGGGCCUAAAGGUGUAUCCGGGCCUAAAGGUGAUCCUGGUUUCCCUGGAAACCCUGGUUCACCAGGGCGACCUGGCAUUGACGGUGCUCCUGGAUAUAAAGGUGAUGCUGGUUUUCCUGGUGGUCCUGGUCCCCGUGGCCCUCCAGGACCCCCUGCCUUUGGCGUUCAAGGUCCCCCUGGUCCUCCUGGACCUCCUGGCCCUGUGGGCACUUUAGGAGCUCCUGGCUAUAAUGGAGAAAAGGGAGACCGUGGCCCUCCAGGUUCAAGUAUUCCAGGUUUGCAAGGUGACAGAGGUAGCCCUGGACUUCCUGGGCCUCCUGGCCUAGUUGGCCCACCUGGGGUUCCGGGAACAUUGGGUCAAGAUGGCCUACCUGGCCUGCCUGGGCCUAAAGGGGACAUGGGUGUGAUGGGUUCACCAGGACCUGUUGGCUCCCCCGGCAACCCUGGCAGACCAGGCUCUGUUGGACCAAAAGGAGAUGAUGGUGUCCCAGGGCGCCCAGGAAACCCUGGUUAUGACGGACAAAAGGGAGACCGAGGUGACCCAGGUAUUCCUGGCUCGGAUGGCACAUUACCACCUUCACAAAAUUUCAAGGGGGAUAAAGGAGAACCGGGAGUUCCAGGUUUCAAUGGACCACCAGGAGCAAAGGGUAUUGCUGGGAUCACUGGAGACCCUGGUUUCCCUGGGCAAGACGGAAGGCCAGGACAACCAGGACCUUCAGGUCCCAAAGGGGAUCCUGGUCUCCCAGGAAUUUCAGGGCCUCCUGGAGGCCCAGGACCCAAGGGUGGCAUGGGGGAGAUGGGAUUACCAGGACCUUCUGGACUGAAAGGAAACACUGGCCAACCUGGCCGAAACGGUCAGCCGGGAUCACCAGGGACACCAGGUUUUCCAGGAAUCAAAGGUGAUCCUGGUACACCAGGAUAUGGAUUACCUGGAAGUCCCGGGCAAAAGGGUGAACCAGGCAAUCCAGGGUAUUCUGGAUCUCCUGGGCUGAAAGGCCAACCUGGACUUCCUGGGCCUCCAGGGCAGACCGGAAACUCAGGACCAAAGGGUGACCCAGGACUCCCAGGAAUCUCAGGUGCCAGUGGCCCCCCUGGACCUAAGGGAGCAGAUGGACCACCAGGUCCUCCUGGUCUUGGUGGAUCACCUGGUAGACCAGGAGACCCUGGUCGAAUUGGAUUUCCCGGCAACCCUGGCGAUAAAGGUCUGGCCGGUCGCGAUGGUAUUCCAGGACCACCAGGACAAAAGGGUGAACCAGGUGCUCCAGGCCUUGGCAGCCAAGGACCACCUGGAAAUCCAGGAUUCCCAGGGCCUAAAGGAGACCCCGGUUUUCAAGGCCCUGCUGGUAGUCCUGGAUUCCCUGGUACAAAGGGUGAUCCAGGAUUUCCUGGGUCGCCUGGCCCAUCUGGUCCUGUAGGUCCAACUGGCCCUCCAGGUCCCCCCUCGCAGGGGCCUAAAGGUAACCAAGGUCCACCUGGUCCCCCUGGAAGAAACGGUCCUCCUGGUCAAGAGGGUCCUCGUGGACUUCCAGGUGGUGGAGGAAUAAAGGGUGAGAAGGGCAUGCUAGGAUUUCCUGGACCAUCAGGUUCACCUGGACUGAAAGGAGAUCACGGUUCCCCUGGUUUCCCGGGUAAUCCAGGGCAACCAGGACCCAGUGGGCUUAAAGGUGAUACCGGACCUCAUGGUGUUGAUGGAUUCCCAGGAACCAAAGGACAGCCUGGCCCUGCUGGCCAACCUGGCUCACCUGGACAGCCAGGUGAUCCUGGAUCUGAAGGACCCCGUGGAGAACCGGGUAGAGCCCCGAGACCUAUUGUUGUGAAGGGAGAUCGUGGUUUGCCUGGACCACAAGGUGAACCAGGCAGCAGAGGUCCACCAGGGCCCCAGGGCUUGCAGGGUCUUCCAGGUUCACCUGGCAACCCCGGAGACCCAGGUCCACUGGGACUUCCAGGAUUCAGUGGUCAACCUGGUAGGAAAGGAGAUACAGGACCAGCUGGACAACCAGGUCCACGUGGUUAUCCCGGUCCUCCUGGUCCAGAUGGAAUUCCGGGUCCUCCUGGUCCUUCAGUAUCAUCAUCUGGAGCACACGGUUUUCUGAUCACGCGCCACAGUCAGACCACAGAAAUGCCACCGUGUCCUGAAAGAACAGGCCUUAUCUAUGAAGGCUACUCUUUACUCUAUGUGCAAGGCAAUGAGAGGGCUCACGGACAGGACCUGGGCACAGCCGGUAGUUGCUUACGUCGUUUCAGCACCAUGCCUUUCAUGUUCUGCGACAUCAACAAUGUUUGCAACUUUGCCUCCCGCAAUGACUAUUCCUAUUGGCUGUCCACACAAGAGCCCAUGCCCAUGAACAUGGCGCCCCUCACUGGAGAGAGCAUUCAACCUUUCAUUAGUAGGUGUUCUGUAUGUGAAGCCCCAGCCAUGGUGAUUGCUUUACACAGUCAGACCAUUCAGGUGCCAACCUGCCCACGCAACUGGGAUCUCCUCUGGAUUGGCUACUCCUUCAUGAUGCACACUAGUGCUGGUGCUGAAGGCUCAGGUCAGGCUCUUGCUUCUCCGGGAUCCUGUCUAGAGGAAUUCCGCUCUGCUCCGUUUAUCGAGUGCCACGGACGGGGAACAUGCAAUUAUUACGGCAACUCUUAUAGCUUCUGGUUGGCCACUGUGGAUAAGAAUGAAAUGUUCAGAAAGCCACAGUCUGAAACCCUCAAAGCUGGAAACUUGCAGACGCGGGUGAGCCGCUGUAUUGUGUGUAUGAAGAGGACGUAACGUGAUGUCAUUUGUGCAGUCUGUCGAUGAGGAUCCGCCAUCAUCUACAGCGACUGCGGCCGUCAUGCAGAACAUCAGUGGAACACCACUGGUGCAGUAUCUUCACGUUUAACUCUAACUACGGUGCUACUGUGCAACACAGCAAAAGAAUACAUUUAUUAAUAUUUUAAUGACUUUUCAAAGAAGUACCUCAAAGAAACAUGCAAAUCAAACAAGGUGCCAUGGCAGUUUUUGACACUAAGUGCGUUAAAUGUUUUUCUCACUAUUUCCUAAAAAAGUUUUAUAGAGAUUCUUUUUCUACGUUUUCCUACAAGAUUUUGAUGUUACAUAAAUAGUACAUGUUUUGGGAGAAGGACUCUCUCACUCGUUUUUAUUUUUUCUCACGAGUGGAAUUGUCUCCAUGUUACCAAAUCGGCACUUUGAGUAUCAAAGAGACCAAAUGCACUGACGCGCUACAUUAGUGGGACUGCUUUUUAAAGGCUAUCUUUCCCCAUCAUCCUUUAUUCCUUUACUUUGUUGGUGGUACUAACACUGCUGUAUCAGGACAUUUUAAUAAUUUUAUAAGUGUCACUUAUCGCUUUUGUUUGUAAUAAAAUGUGUAUAUUGUGUAAAACAUCUUUUUAGUAUAAAACAAAAUUAUUCUUUAUCAUGAAAUUUGGGGUUCUUUGCCAAUAGAGCUCCUGCAGUUGACGUCACGCAGACUAAACUCCACCAGUUUUGGCAGGCAAUCAUAGAGUGCUUAAGCGCUGUAGCAUUGGUAUCAAUAGAGUAAUUUUAAACAAGACCUUACAAACCAAAGGGUUUUAUGUUUAAUAGUAACUCUGAAAUGUCAUGAAAGAGUUUAAAAUGUGGAACAUGACUGGGUUAAUACACGUUAAAAGGCAUUAUAGGGAUUUUUUAUUACCUAUAAAGUGCGCAGUGAACUCCUGCUGGUGCUAUUCAUUUCAUAUUCGCUCCCAGCUGUCCUUGCCUGCCAGUAUGGUGGUGUAAACAGAAUAGGUCACGUGACGUCCGGACCUCUAUAUCCUCACACACUUACCCUUCAUUCAUUAUUAGCUCACAUUCACUUACAUUUGUACAAAAACUUUUUUGUUUAAAUGAAACAGUAUUUUAUAAAUAUAUUAAAAGAAAGUAUAUAUCCAGAAACUUGAUUUGGUUGCAGGAGGCAUUUUUUUUCAUUCUGUAGUUCCUUGUUGCCGUUUGUUUAACAAAUUCUUAGCAGCGCAUUCAUUUUCGUAAGAUCAUGAAAAAGAGGUGUUGGUGUAAUUUUUCUCCAUUCUGAUUUGAUUUAACCAGGAAGGACAUGUCUGUGAAAACCCAUUGAACACUAGUGUUAUGAAUUUGUAAAGCUUGCAUUGGUUCUUACUGUGUUAUGUUGCACCACAGUGUGGUGUAUGUUCAAUUUGCUAACAGACAACGACAAAAAUCUAAUCUACAACAGUGAAUUUGUUUUUUAAGAUCAUCAUGGGGUGUAAAAUGUGUAUUUCUAAACAAUGUUUCCAUUUUUAUGUUUAGUAUCCAGAAGUUGUUAUAGACUUGACUGAAAUAAAAUAAACAAACGGUGUCUGUUGCAAGGUUGUGCCAUACUGUA